UCAUCCGAGUCCGCCUCCUCUUCCUCGGCCUCCCUCGAUCCGCCUGCAUCUGCUUCCCCCCUCCACCAAACCCUAGCCGACGCGCAGAGCUCAGGGGGAGCAUCUAGGCGGACUAGGUCAGAGCAUCGGCAGCCGCGCUCGCAUGGCGGCGCCCAAGCCCAUCUGGGUGCGCCAGGCCGAGGAGGCCAAGCUCAAGUCCGAGGCCGAGACCACCGCCGCCGCCAAGGCCGCCUUCGAGGCGACCUUCAAGGCGCUCGCCGCCGCCGGGUCCGGCGACGACGACCAGGACCCCGACCCCGCCCCGCCUUCCCCGGACGAGCCGGCCUCCCCCGGCUCCGACGACGACGCCCCCGCCCCGCCCGGCCCGGUCGACCCGUCCAAGUGCUCCGCCGCGGGGUCCGGCAUCGCGGGCGGCAGCGCCGGCACGCCCGCCGCCUUCACCGUCAUCGCCAAGGACCGCCACAGCCGGAGGCUCACCGCCGGCGGCGCGCGCGUGCGCGUGCGCGUCUCCCCUGCCGCGGGGGUCGGCGGGGACGACCUCGACGGCGCCGUCAAGGACAACGGGGACGGUUCCUACACGGUGACCUACGCCGUCCCCAAGCGCGGCAACUACAUGGUCCAUGUCGAGCUCGACGGCUCCCCCGUCAUGGGGAGCCCCUUCCCCGUCUUCUUCAGCGGCUCCACCGCCACACCCACGUCUGCUUUCCCCUCCGCACUUCCGUCCGUCAGCUCAGCCUACCCAAACAUGGUCAACCAGACCAUGCCCAACAUGCCCAACUACACAGGCGCGCCCUCCAGUGCCUUCCCCAGCCUCCUCGGGGCUAUGCCUGGUUCCUCCACUGUUUCCUCUGGUGGAGUUGUCCUGCCGGGGGUUGGUGCCUCGCUGGGGGAGAUAUGCCGGGACUACAUCAACGGGAGGUGCACAAAGUCGGACACUGACUGUAAGUUCACCCACCCGCCACAGCAGCUGCUGAUGACGUUGCUUGCUGCUACGUCGUCUGUCAGUGCACUUGGCAGCACACCCAUGGCACCAUCUGCAGCUGCCAUGGCAGCUGCUCAGGCCAUCAUGGCUGCCCAGGCACUGCAGGCACAUGCUGCACAGGCUAAAGCUGCAGGAGAGGCUUCAGGUUCAAAGGAUAAAGCUGCUGAAGCUGAUGCCCUGAAGAAAACUGUUCAAAUUAGCAACCUGAGUCCAAUUCUUAGUGUGGAUUAUAUUAAGCAGCUAUUUGGGAUAUGUGGUAAAGUUGUCGAUUGUACCAUCACGGAUUCGAAACAUUUUGCUUAUGUCGAGUACUCCAAACCUGAAGAAGCAACUACAGCGUUGCAACUCAAUAACAGGAAUGUUGGUGGUCGACCGUUGAAUGUGGAGAUGGCAAAAUCUCUUCCUCCUAAAGCUAAUAAUAACUUGCCUAUGAUGAUGCAACAAGCUGUUCAGUUGCAGCAGAUGCAAUUCCAGCAGGCUCUAUUAAUGCAACAGACAAUAGCAACCCAACAGGCUGCUGCACGUGCGGCCACUAUGAAAUCUGCCACUGAAGCAGCUGCAGCAAGGGCUGCUGAGAUAAGCAGGAAGUUAAAGGCAGAGGGAUUAGGUGGGGACAGCGUGGAAGAAAAGGAUGCCAAAGGGAAGUCAAGAUCACCGUCACCCCCUACUCGUCGAUCAAAAUCUCGGUCAAGAUCGCCUAUCAAGUAUCGUAGGAGCCGGCGAUCCCGCUCCUACUCUCCCCCAGUUAGACGCUCAAGGGAACACCGAUCACGAUCACCAUCAAGAUCUCGCCACUCAAAGUAUGGUAGUGAUCGAUCACAUAGGGAUGAUAGGGACAGGUAUAGCAGGUCCGGAAGAAGAGAGAGUGACCGAUCCCGUGAUCAUCAUUCGUCUAGUUCAAGGAGAAACAGGAGCAGAAGUAAAAGUCCAAGGCAUAAGAAACCCUCCAGAGAUGAUUCUCAGUCACCCAAGCAACAAAGAGAAGAAAGUACAAGUCCAUCAAAAUCAAGGUCAGCUCGGGCUGGUUCAAGAUCACCACGACACCAUAAAGGAAGCAAAUCAUCGCCAACUCGUGAACGCCAUUCUCGCCGCACUAGGCAUUCAAGAUCCAGAUCUCCUGAGAGAAAGCAUCGUCACAGUGAUAAAAAGGACAGCAGAAGGUCAGAAGUUCAGGAUGACAAAAGAAGAUCUCAUAGAGAUAGAGGUAGCCGAGGUGACAGAGAUGAAAGGUCUGUAAAUGAUGAAGUGGAAAGAUCCCAUAGAAGUAACAGAGGUGACAAAGAUCGGUCUAUAAAGGAUGAAGCGGAAAGAUCCCAAAGAGGUAGCAGAGGUGACAAAGAUGAUAGGUCUGUAAAGGAUGAAGCGGAAAGAUCCCAAAGACGUAGCAGAGGUGACAAAGAUGAAAGGCCUGUAAAGGAUGAGGCGGAAAGAUCCCAAAAAGGUAACAGAGGUGACAAAGAUGAAAGAUCUGUAAAGGAUGAAGCGGAAAGACCCCGUAGAGGUGACAAAGAUGAACAUUCUGUACAGGAUCCAGUGGAAGAUAGAAGUAUGGAUGCAUCUGCUGCUGCACAUAAGAGGAGCUCAACAGUUUCCGAAGAUGAAAUUCUGAACAACAAUAGUAGCAACCAUAAGAAAUCUAAACGUGAUGAUAGUUUGGAAGAUGAUGAAAGGAAUGAUGUGUGCGCUGCUGUAGCUGACAUUAAUGGGAAACAUGGACCUGGAGUAGAUGGCUCUUUAGGGGGCGCUGGAGAAUCUGCUAUAUGAUAGCAACCACAGUGUUUACAUUAGUGGCUGCUGUUUCAUCCAGUUGGCUGAUCACAGUAUCACUUGAUUGAUGAUGAUGCAGAACGCUGAACUGGUGUUUAUUAUCAUCCUUUCUGAUUUAGGAGUUUUAUUUGCAGGGUAUGAAGAUCUUCGGAGAACUUUCGGAGUGUUCAUCUGAUGUAUUAAAAUGCUCAUCAUUCCACGAAGAGUUGUUGGAGCUCAUUUCUGGGAUGUUGAUUGAAGAUACAAGGGAGUACACACUUGCUCAAGUAAAGUCCGUAUACAAGACUACAAACAACUUACCUUCUAGGCUAAUGUUACUUUUGAAUUGGAAUGCUUUGGCUAGUGAAAUGGUCCAAAUAUGCUUGUCCUUAUACUGUAACACCUUCUGAUACACUUAGUUUGCUCAAAGUACUGCCUUAUAUUUUGCAUCUGGUUAUUACCAUGUGUAUUUUGUAUCAGUAAUGGUUUGAAAAGUUGGUUAAGCUUAAUCAAUAUUUUAAAAAUACAGGGAAUUGUGAUGUAGGUUUUAUCUACCAUCGUGUCUGCUGCAUAAGUUUUCCUGUCUACCUAGAAUUGCUAUGUCUAUAUGCCUUGGCAUUCAUUGCUUUUCAUUUGUUUGUUUCUUUUCCUCCUUUUUUCCUUUCGAGUGACAGGGUUCUGCCUCAGAAGCCAGUGUAAGUGACUGCUGUGAGGCAAUCCACCUUAUUCGAGUUGUGCCUGAGAUAAGCAGCAUACCUUUGAACAAUUGUGUUGCAUUCAUACAUCUUUCUAUUAUAAUUCUUCACUUUAUUUCUGCUGCUUUAGUCAGUGUGCGAAUUUGCACCUUGCCUCUGUAACUGGUCCUGUCAUACUGGAAAACCUGUGCAGGUUUUUCAAAGGGGAUUGGCAUUGGCGUCUGUUUUGAGGGGAGUCUGGUUCACUUUGAGAAGGUACGGGUUUGUGCUGUGGAUGUAGUAAUAAAUAAUGCUAUUCUCUUGGUUAGAGACAGUAGCACUCUCUGAGCCCUCAAAUGCCUACCUCUUGGUAGGUGUUUAGUGUUCAGCCUGAAUCCUCAAACUUUCCUGUGAUUCUGCAUCUACCCUAUUUUUUGCCCCAUCCAUUUAUGGGGCCCUGGAAUCCUGACAGCGUUUGCCUAAUUCGCAUUGAUAGUUUGAUGGCAUUUUAGUUCUUUUGAUUUGAAGCCUGAACGAUUUGGUGUUGUUUCCUUUUCGUUCUGCUCUGUUUGUUUUUGGCAUUGUGCUCUCAGGGACAAAAGAUUAUUUUGGGGGUGAUCAGAGGAGGUGGCAUGUUUUCUCAGGAAUAAAGAUCGUGUUCUGCUUCUGCAUCGAUAGCUGCACGUGAGCCGAAUGUGCUUGCUGCGUCUUGGAAUAUAGAACCAAACUAAGCUGUCCGCCUUCAGAAAAUUUGGUUUUGUUCAUAGCAAAAGCAAGCUUCUGUCCUGUGUCAGAAAUCAAAAUCCGUCUGCAUGACAUCUACGGAUGUGAGGCACCUUUGCUCCUUCAGCUCCAAGGAUGUCAAAUGAUUACAUUGCCACUACAAUUUGUGUCCUAAAUGGAGCAUGUCAUUACAAUAGUCACGCGAUACUGUAUGUAGCAACGUCGACGGCAAUGACAACGACCUCCGGACUCGUUGCCUUUUUCUGCUUUGGAAGGUGUAAUGUGCAGUAGAGCACCAGUGCUCCGUGCCUGUUAAAGUUGGAUGGAAGCCGUCUCUUCACUCCCAGCCGUUUGAUUUUGGAUUUCAUGAGAAAGCAAUCCAUGGGCAUGCAUUAUAAAUCGACGUCACAGAUUUGCGCUGUGGCAAAAACAAGACGAAUGUGACAAAUGAUGGUUGCGACGCGCCUACCAUCUCACCAGCUGAUUGUUUUUUUUUUCAAUAAAGAAACACACAACUCGCAACAAUUUUCAAUGCUUGCAUAGUGGGGCCACAGAGGAAAACAGACUAUGCCGUGGCCCGCAUUCAAACUUCUUUUUCGAGGCGGCUGUAUCAGAAUGCUCAACUAACAUAUUCAAGUUCAUAUCAGAUCUGAUCUAUGUGAACAUAAAUUGUAUAAAAUGACAUUGUCAAUGACGAAAGGAAUCAAAGUCUAAACAAUUA